GCUCUCGCGGCCUCUCGCCUGGGGGAGGAUGGAUGCGGAGGCAGCAUCUCCGUCUCCCUCCUCCACGGUGGCAGGGCCCUCCACACUGUGGCGUCUCGCUGAGCGGAGGAGUAGGAAAGCUGGCUCGGGGAACAUCUUUGGCGGGGUGAGUUUGGUAUUAUUUAGGAAGUGGAUAUUCAGUCGGCAGAUCCAAAGGUAUAGGUUAGGCAUAGGGAUUGACAUUGGUUAAGGUAAGGGUUGGGAUUAAGGGGGUGAGAUUAGGGUAAGGGUUAAAGUUAGGGUAAGGGUUGGGAUUAAGGGGGUGAGGUUAGGGUAAGGAACAACGGUUAGGAGUCAUUCAAAAUCUGCCGGCUGUAUAUAGGUCGUUGAUGUAAAAGUGUGUUUUCUCACUGACUUACACCCCCCUGUCCCCAAGGUGAACCUACGUCAGCUGCAGAGGUUGUUCACGGCAGCUGGGGACCAGGAUGCAGAGCAGAGAGCCCAGCUGGUGUGGGGCCACGGGGAUGAGCCUGAGCUGGCCCAGGCCCUGAUAGGACUGAGGGCGAGGGGCCGACGGAGACGACUCAGGGUGGAGGGGCGAGACACACUGGGGCCGCGCUGGCUCCGGGCGUUUAAUCAUCUGAGGUGGGUUGGAAUUAUGUAAUAUGCGGUUAUUAUAUUAUGAUAUACAAAAAUAAUAAUUGUAUAUAAAUAUAUAAUGAGAUAUAUUUGUACACACACACACAAUGUGGAGAGGAGAGGAGAGAGACACUGGGACCACGCUGGUUAUGGGCGUUAAAUCAUCUGAUCUGAGAUGGGUCAGACUGAAUACACGCACCCAAUGCCCUCCCAUUCUCCACACUCAUUUACGUACACACUGACGCACACCACACACACAAUCGCACACACACCAUGCAGUCACAAUCAAGAGAUUAAAAUGUCUGAUUUAAUCCUUCAAAAUAUUAUUUUUACAAGUCCUCACACAGCACAAAAACUCCCUGAACCUUGUGGUUUUUUAAUAAUUUGACAAAGGCGUCCUCUGUGCCUUGUUUCUACAGGAUUGGUAAGAGUUCAGCGAGCAGCCAGCAGAGCAAAGAGCAGUCAUCAGACAGCAAGACAGAGUCAGGAGCAUCACACAGCAGCCCAGACACACAGCCACUGACUCCUAAGGGCCUCAGAGGAGCUACAGGAGUCACAGAGGACCUAACCGAGGGCCAAGGGCCUGCAGGGGCCUCUGAGAGACCAGCCAGACCAGGAGCACUACUGAAGAAGGGAGGGGAGAGCUACCCAGAGAGGUACCUCCACCGCAUCCUCCACUGACGGACACACAGGGGACUAGAAUGACAUUGUUGCCCCUAGAUGCUGAUCUUGGAUCAGUUUUGCCCUUUCCCCAGCUAAUAAUUAAGGUGAGGAUUAGGGGAUGGUAAACUGAUCCUAGAUCUGUGGUUGGGGACACCUUCUACGUGGAGUACUGACCAACCCUAGUUCAGAGAGGGACAGAGGAAAGAGUCAAAUAUACUGUAUAUUUUUACCUCUGUCCAACCAAGAUCAGAUGAAUGA